AACUUGUUUUAGGCAAAGUUCUGAUCCACUUGAGACAGCUGCCGAGGAUCGCAUAUAGAGCAGAAAACAACAAAUGCGAAGUUCACCCAAACAUGGCUCUCAAGAACAGCACCAUCACCACCGCCAUUUUUCUUCCAUGCUCAGUUCCCGUUCUAUUCCUCGCAUUGACCUCCCUCAUCUCGACUCUCUCCCUUACCUUUUUCUUCCUCUUCUCUCGCCCCGACACCCAAUUAAUUCCCAGAACAACCCAUCUACAAUCCCUCAAUUCCAUCAAAGUCUUGGUGGCCGACCUCCCCAGAUCCUUCAAUUAUGGCCUCCUUGAAAAGUACUGGUCCUCCUCCGUCCCCGACGCUCGCAUAUCCUUCGACUCCGACCGUCAGAUCACUUCUACCCACCUCCCCAAAAACCUCAAAUUCCCUCCCUAUCCGGAGAACCCAUUGAUCAAGCAGUACAGCGCCGAGUACUGGAUCUUGGGGGACCUCAUGACCCCGGAUUACUUGCGGACCGGGUCUUUUGCUCAGCGGGUCUACGACGUAGACGAAGCGGACGUCGUUUUCGUGCCCUUCUUCGCAACUUUGAGCGCGGAGUUGCAGCUGGGAACGGCGAAAGGAGAGUUUAAUAAGAAGGUGAGAAACGAGGACUAUGAGAGGCAGAGGGAGGUUGUGGAUUUGGUGAGGAAAACUCCGGCUUGGAAGCGCUCCGGAGGGCGGGACCACGUCUUUGUUUUGACUGACCCAGUUGCAAUGUGGCAUGUCAGAGCUGAGAUAGCCCCAGCUAUUCUCCUUGUGGUAGAUUUUGGUGGAUGGUACCGGCUUGACUCGAAAUCAUCCAAUGGUAGCUCACCAGAUAUGAUUCAACACACCCAAGUUUCGCUACUCAAAGAUGUAAUUGUGCCUUACACGCAUCUACUACCCAGAUUACACUUGUCAGAAGACCAGAGACGGCAAAUGCUUCUUUAUUUUAAAGGGGCUAAACAUAGGCACCGGGGCGGUGUAGUUCGAGAGAAAUUGUGGGACUUGUUGGUUAAUGAGCCUGGCGUUAUCAUGGAAGAAGGCUUCCCAAAUGCCACUGGGAGGGAGCAGUCAAUUAAAGGGAUGAGAACAUCAGAGUUCUGCUUGCACCCAGCUGGGGACACCCCCACUUCAUGCCGACUAUUUGAUGCCAUUCAAAGUCUCUGUAUUCCUGUUAUUGUCAGUGAUAACAUUGAGCUCCCAUUUGAAGGUAUGGUAGAUUAUUCAGAGUUUUCAGUUUUUGUGGCGGUAAAUGAUGCAUUAAGGCCGAAUUGGCUAGUGGGUUAUCUCCGAAGCCUUUCCAAAGAGCAGAAGGACAAAUAUCGACAAAAUAUGUCUCGCAUUCAGCCAAUUUUUAAGUAUGACAAUGGGUAUCCAGGUGGUAUUGGACCGAUUCCUGCGGAUGGUGCUGUGAAUCACAUAUGGCAGAAGGUUCACCAGAAAUUGCCCAUGAUUAAGGAAGCCAUUGUUAGAGAGAAUAGAAAACCACCAGGUGCAUCAAUACCACUUCGUUGCCAUUGUACUUGAAAUGACAGUUAUAAUUUUUUGUUUAUUCUGACUUAGCAAAAUAAUAAUAUUUUUUGCUUUA